AUGUCCUCCCCGAGACCCCGACCUCCUCCUCCUCCAUUCAUUCUCACCUCGUCGUUCGAACUUCUAAUCAAUCUUCUCAGAGCUAUAGCUUGUAGCCUUGAGCUGCCCUGCUUGCCGCUCGAUCCAUCUUCAGGUCAGGUGAGGAUGGGCAUCCUGGACGCGGUGUCGGACAUGUGCGCGUGCCCGACGGUGCGCACGCGGCGGCACAUCAAGAAGCGGCCGCAGCUGGAGACGGUGGAGAUGAAGGUCCGGAUCGACUGCGAGGGCUGCGAGCGCCGCAUCCGCAAGGCCGUCGACGGCAUCCGCGGGGUCACCGGCGUCGAGGUGCUCCCCAAGCAGAACAAGGUGGCCGUCACCGGGUACAUCGACGACCCGGCCAAGCUGAUGAGGCGGGUGGCGCGCAAGACCGGCAAGAAGGUGGAGCCGUGGCCGUACGUGCCCUACGACGUGGUGCCGCACCCCUACGCCCCCGGCGCCUACGACAAGAAGGCGCCCCCGGGCUACGUCCGGAACGUGGUCGCCGACCCCGACGCCGCGCCGCUCGCCAGGGCCUCCUCCACCGAGGUCAAGUACACCUCCGCCUUCUCCGACGAGAACCCCAACGCGGCAUGCGCCGUCAUGUAG